AUGUUCGACAAUGCACCAACGUGUAACGCACUGAGCAAAGCAUCACUAUACCACCAACAAACAUCACUUACCACCAACAAACAUCACUUACCACCAACAACCACCACCAACACCAUGACCAACACCACGCCAAUAACCACCACCACCACCAUGUCGACAAACCUCACCCAAGAACCCCAGUCCUACGACUCCAGCUCCCCUCCCGUGUCCCCAUCCACCGGCCGCCGCAUGAGCGCCCACGCCGAAGCCGACGCCGCGCGCGCCAUCAGCCACACCAACAACUGGACGCCCGUGUUCGAGCACUGCCACAAGUGGAACAGCGAGGACCGUAAACACGCCAUGCACAUGGUGAAUAUUGGCGCCGUCAAGACUGGCCCCGGCUUUACGGAGCGACCUUGA